CACAGAGAGCAAAUCUAGCACACCGCAGCUGAUAUCGGCUUGAGUGCAUCGCUUGUUCUGCUAUGAGAAGGCUGUGUGUGUUUGUGUUGUUGGUGAGCGUCCUCGUCUGUCCGGCGGAUCUUUCUCCGGUGAUCAGGCCUGAACCCAUCCGCUGCGCUCCAUGCUCUCGGGAGCAGCUGGACUCCUGCCCCGCCGUAUCCUCGGACUGUCCAGAGGUGCUGCGAGAGCCGGGCUGCGGAUGCUGUAUGUCCUGUGCGCUGAAGAAAGGAGAGUCCUGUGGCGUUUAUACGGCUCCCUGCGGCGCUGGCCUGCACUGUGCCCCGAGACCCGGUGACCCGCGGCCGCUGCACGCUCUGACCCGCGGACACGCCGUCUGUGUAGAGUUUGACCACACGCAAGAUGAGCCAGACAUCACGUCUGACCAGGACUCGCUGCAUUACCUGCUGAGCCUCAACCGGCCGCUGGACCCCCGGGACGCAGCGGAGGCUCAGGAGAACAUCAAGGCAAGAGUCAACGCCAUCCGGAAGAAACUGAUCCCACAGGGUCCGUGUCACACUGAGUUGCACGCAGCUCUGGACGUCAUCACUGAAUCCCAGCAGACGUUAGGAGAGAAGUUCACCAGCUUCUACCUGCCCAACUGUGACCAGCACGGGUUCUUCAAGACCCAGCAGUGUGAGACGUCUCUGGUGGGCCAGCCCCCCCGCUGCUGGUGCGUGUCGUCCUGGAACGGGAAGAGAAUCCGUGAGGAUCUGGCGUCUGAUUCCCAGUGUCUUCAGGAGCUCACGCACUGAACCAAAGCUCCAGCGCACUUACAUUAGGUUUCCUUCCGUACUAUAUUUAUUCUUAGUUAUAUGACUAAUAUUUAUGAACUAGUUGAUGAACUGCACCUCAGCAAGAUCCAGAUCUAGGUCUUCAGAAGCUCAGAGAAAGCUUCACUCUCCACGUAAACCACGUCUGUUUUACUGAUGUUAUGACUGAUUCUGAUUCUGUCUGAGUUCGCUGUGCUUUUUCCUGACCAGUUUAAUUCAGUUGAAGUGUGCAAGUGCACAGCAGAAGUCCAAGGUGAACCUAUUUGGACGUUGAUAUUAUAUGUUGAUAUUUGGAUGAUGAUGAUAUUAGUCUGUAAACCAUUCCAUUUGUUUUUAAACUCAAUGUUGUUUGCUUUAUGAUAUAUGACUAUGUAUUUAAACCAAAUGUCUACCUCACAUUAGACAUGACGCCUUUAAGGACUCAUGCAUUUAACAUAUUUAAGAGUGCUGCUGUAUUUAUUCUGAAAAUAUUAUUUUAUUGAAUAUUAAUGUAAUGUUUAUAAUCUCAAGAGUUUGUUUCAAUAAACUGUUAGAGACUGUA